AGUUUGAUGUUAACAGUUUGGAAUAGACUAUAGAUUUACCCUAAUAUUGGUUUCGCUUUACAAUGGGUGGAUGGAGGCCGACAAGAACUACAAAUGGAUAUAAGAUCCAUUAUCCAAAUUCAUAAAUCGGACAGUAGCUAUGGCUACUUAUAAAGACGACAACGCUGCUGUUGUCAUUGACAACGGGAGUGGGAUGUGUAAAGCGGGAUUCGCAGGAAACGAUGCUCCACGGGCUGUUUUUCCUCCCAAAGUAGGCAGGCCGAAAUCUGACCUCGGAAAAGUUGGUAUGAAAUAUAAAGAUUGUUACGUAGGAGAUGAGGCGGAUACCAGACGUGGUAUACUUUCCCAGGAGUGUCCGCUCAUGGAGCGCGGAGUCAUCACUAACUGGGACGAUAUGGAGAAAGUGUGGCACCACACAUUCCACAACGAGCUCCGUGUGGCUCCCGAGGAACAUCCGGUCCUGUUGACAGAGACGCCACUUAAUCCUAAGGAGAACAGAGAAAAAGCAAUACAGAUAAUGUUCGAGACUUUUAAAAUACCCGCCUUCUACUUGGCGACACCGGCUAUGCUGUCUCUAUACACUUCUGGAAAAAUCACAGGGGUCGUGCUUGAUUCUGGGGAUGGUGUGUCCCACGUGGUACCUAUAUACGAGGGAUACGCCCUCCCUCAUGCCAUCAAACGUGUGGACCUGGCAGGUCGUGACCUCACAGCCUACCUCCAGAAACUCCUUAACGAGAGAGGAUACCAUUUCACGACUUCAGCUGAAAUGGAAAUUGUCCGUGAUAUUAAAGAGAAGACCACCUUCGUUGCUCUAGACUUCGAAAGCGAAUUGAAAUCAUCAACGAAGUCUUCCACAGUAGAGAAAUCGUACGACCUUCCGGACGGUGGAAUUGUCACCAUUGGCAACGAAAGGUUCCGGUGUCCAGAGGUUCUAUUUCAGCCAUCGCUUACAGGUAUGGAGUGCAAUGGGAUCCACGAUCAGCUACACAGCUCAGUUAUGGCUUGUGAUAGUGACACCGCCUUCUACGUGGCGAUACAAGCUGUUCUAUCUCUCUACUCAUCCGGAUGUACCUCGGGGGUCGUGUUUGAUGCCGGGGAUGGUGUGUCCCACGUGGUACCUAUAUACGAGGGCUAUGCCCUCCCUCACGCCAUCAAACGUGUGGACCUGGCAGGUCGUGACCUCACAGCCUACCUCCAGAGGAUCCUUCACGAGAGAGGAUACAACUUCACGUCAUCAGCUGAACAAGAAGUUGUUCGAGAUAUGAAGGAGAAAAUGGCCUACGUGGCUCUCGACUUCGAAACUGAGAUGGAUACGGCAUCGAAAUCGUCAACAAUAGAAAGAACUUAUGAACUUCCAGAUGGACAGAUUGUUACUAUUGGCAACGAGAGGUUCCGAUGUGCAGAACCCUUGUUUCAACCAUCAUUUAUAGGAAUGGAAGCAGCAGGAAUUCACGAGCUUCUCCACAACUCUGUGAUGUCCUGUGAUAUCGACAUCCGACGUGACAUGUACGGUCACGUGGUCCUGUCUGGUGGCUCUACAAUGUUUCCAGGCAUUGCUGACCGAUUUAAGAAAGAAAUGGAUGCUAUAGUACCUAACAGCAUGAAGGUCAAGGUCAUCGCCCCUCCGGAGAGGAAGUAUUCCGUGUGGAUCGGCGGGUCUAUCCUGGGGUCUCUGUCUACAUUUCAGCAGAUGUGGGUAACGAAACAGGAGUACGAUGAAUGUGGACCAGGAAUUGUUCACAGAAAGUGUUUUUAAAGGAACAUAUCAUCUUAGUUCUGACCGUAGACAUUGUCAUCUAGACAUGCAUUUUAGCCUUUGUCAUUAAGAUCGCAAUACAUUAACAAAACAUGUGUCAGUAACCACGAGAGUAUUGGUAUGUAUCAAUGAUCGUGUGUAUAAAGUAAUUUAUGUAUCAAUGAUCGUGUGUAUAAAGUAAUUUAUGUAUCAAUGAUCGUGUGUAUAAAAUUAUGUAUCAAUGAUCGUGUGUAUAAAAUUAUGUAUCAAUGAUCGUGUGUAUAAAAUUAUGUAUCAAUGAUCGUGUGUAUAAAAUUAUGUAUCAAUGAUCGUGUGUAUAAAGUAUUUUAUGUAUGUAUCAAUAAUCGUGGUUAUAUUGAAAGUUUACCUGAUAUUUUACUUAUCUAUCAAUGAUUGUGGUUAUAUUGGAAGUUUACCUGAUAUUUUAUCUAUCUAUCAAUGAUUGUGGUUAUAUUGAAAGUUUACCUGAUAUUUUACUUAUCUUUCAAUGAUUGUGGUUAUAUUGGAAGUUUACCUGAUAUUUAUGUAUGUAUCAAUGAUCGUGGAUAUAUUGGAAGUUUACCUGAUAUUUUAUGUUUGUAUCAAUGAUCAUUUUUAUAUUAAAAGUUUACCUGUAUGAUAGUUAAUGUAUAGUUAUUAUUCUAUUGAUAAUUAUCUGUUUGUCAUUUUCAUUAAAACAAUUAGCAAUAUCUCUUUCGUACAUGUUAACAUUAGAUAAUGAAUCAUCAAAGUUUGUUUACUCCAUUAUCAUACAAAAUGCAUCUAUUAUUUAUU